GGACUUGAUGACUCGGACGCAUACCUGCGCGUACCGUAUGCAUACGCGAUUCGCGAAUCGCCGUGUGAAAGAGGUUUUACACAUUAUAAGCUUGCAUCAAUUGUAAAUUGUAACUAACGAUUGAUAUGUACAUAAUAACAUUGUACUUCAAAUGAUCUCAGGAAUCUUUUGAAGGGCUUGCUUCGAGAUUCCUUGUAUACAUACAUACAUAAUAACAUGGGUUGUUGUAAACCGACGAAUAGAAAAAGUUUAUUUUACUCAUAACAUGUAUGAAAAAACAUAAAAGGAAGGCAUUAAAUUUCAGAAGUAAUUAGGAAAUCAAUGUGAACCGUAAAAUAUGAAGGAAAAAGCGAAAUGAGAUUGUAAAAUUGUAAUAAAAUUCCGUAAAUAUGAUAACGCAUAUAAAGGAAGUACAUAUUGCAGGUGUUAUCAAUAGGACUGAUAGCAGAUGUAUGUACAUAAUUAGUUCUUUAUUUGUCAUGUGUAAACGUUAACAAAGUAGUCAUUUGUUAUCAGCGACGCCCACGUUUUCGGCUUCAUACGUGUACAAGCAAUUUAUAUUUGCACAAUGGAACUUCAGUGUAAGAUACAAACUUAUGAUUGGGGAAGAUACGGAAUAGAUAGCACGGUUGCAACAUUGGUAAAAUCUGCAAAUUCAGAAUUCACGCUGGAUGAAAAAAGACCAUAUGCUGAGUUAUGGAUGGGUACACAUCCCAAUGGCCCUUCAUAUAUGAAGGAUUUAGACAUGACUUUGGAACAAUAUAUAAAAGAAAAUAGCAAUUUUUUGGGCAAAGAUGUUAAAAAGAUAUUUGGAGAACAUUUACCAUUUCUUUUUAAGGUUUUGUCUGUGAACAAAGCAUUGUCAAUUCAAGCACAUCCAAAUAAGGAAAAGGCCAAAGAAUUACAUCAGCAAUAUCCUACUAUUUAUAAAGAUGCGAAUUACAAACCUGAGCUUGCAAUAGCUUUAACACCGUUUGAAGUUCUCUGUGGUUUCCGUCCAGUUAGAGAGAUAAAGGAAUUUCUGAAAGUUCUUCCAGAGUUACGUGUUGUAAUAGGUGAAGAUAAAGUACUUAAAUUUAUGGCUACAGAUGAAGCAACCACUAACAGAGCUUUGAAAACAUGUUUCCACAGUCUCAUGACCUGUGAUGCUGGUUUGAUUGAGUUACAACUUAGAAAGUUACUUGACAGAUUAUCUAAUUCAGACGAGUCUUUAAGACAGUCUUUACAUGCUAGCUUGUUGGAAAGAUUACACAUUGAUUAUCCAGCAGAUGUUGGAUGUUUUGGCAUUUAUUUCUUUAAUUAUAUAACGAUGCAACCUGGAGAGGCUAUUUAUCUUGGUCCAAAUGAACCUCAUGCAUAUCUUUCGGGUGAUUGCAUAGAAUGUAUGGCAUGUUCUGAUAAUGUAGUACGUGCAGGAUUGACUUCUAAAUUGAAAGAUGUGCCAACAUUGAUUGAAAUGUUAACAUACAACUGUGAACCCAUUUCUGCUAAAAGAUUUCAACCUACUCGCGAGGACGAUUGCACAGAACUAUUUCGACCUCCAGUGUUAGACUUUGCAGUGGCUAAAAUUACAAUACCUCCAGGAAGAUCUUCUUACAAUAUCAUUCCUAGAAGCACAGCAAGUAUUUUAAUUAUCAUAAAUGGGAAAGGUGAGAUUUCAUCGUCAAAAGUUCUGUACAGAGGAUCAGUUAUAUUCAUUCCAGCAAAUGAGAAAAUUGGAAUUAAAGUUUUGUGUGGAUGUCAUCCAAUGUUAAUGUUCCAAGCUUUUGUAAAUGUUUAAAGAAAGUAUUCAGAUCUAUUGAAGAUACGAUGAACAGUAACAAGAUGCCACUUACAAAGUAUUAUUUAUUGCACCUUUACAUGCUUAGAGUUUAGAGCAAGUAUUUAUUAAUCUUUGAUAAUACAUUGGUAGUAAAGUUUUAGCCAUGAAGUUGCAUUUAGUAAUUUAUAUGGUAGACCGCUUAUAUAGAAUCUUAUAUUUUUAUCGGUGGGCUGUGAACAUU